UCGAUAAAGGGGGCAAUUAGCAAGAAAAAGGCUUUUAGUCUUAUAGUGCUGACUGAAAUUGUAUGGACAGUGUACUUUUGCAGCUUUCCUUUGUUCCAUAAUAACAAACGCACAGACAAAACGUGCCAUGUGAGCAAUGGCCUUAUUCACAAGAAUCAUUUGAUAGGACUGUGCAUAAUUAUGUUCUUGCACUUUAUUGCACUCGUUGGAAUACAAUGUUUAACAUUCUGGAACCUUCGCAAACAUAUUGCAAAUCUUAAAGAGCUUGGCAUGAUGACACCAAAAGCACCCUUGAACAAUGACCAGAAUGUGAAGAAUAUAAAUCAAAGAAUCACAGUAAUGGAGAAUCCAGCAUAUUCCAAUCCAUCUCCGGGAAUCUUCACCCAGGAGUGUUCUGAUGGUGAGUUAAAGUCAUCCGUGGCAACUCCAUCGACAGAGCGACAAAUUGAGGUGCAAAAUUAUGAAGUAAAAAAUAACAUGUUGUAUUAUCAAUGGUCAUUGCGCAUAACAAGAAUUGCUAAGCUUAUAAGUUUCAUUUUUCUAUCUUUUGCCAUAUGCUACACUCCAUUCAUGGUUUGUGUGUUUCUGUACGCAAUCCAUCCUGGGCAGUAUGUCAGUUCACAAAUUAACUAUAUAGCUGGUACCAUUUUAACUUUUAACUCAUUAACCAACGUUGUUAUUUAUCUAAUUAGAAGCAAGGAGUACA